GAAUGAUAGCUUAAUAGGUGUUUGAUGUUUUACUUCUGAGAAAGUGUGAUGAUGGCAUUCAACUUGGGUUCGCUGUCACCGGCAACUAUAAUGGCAGUAACGAAGAAGGGAGGGGAAUCAAAGGGUGUCCUUAAGGUGGUCGGUGGGGCUAGGUGUGAUGGUGGUGGCGAGUUUCCCUCGUUUCUUCCAAAAGAGGUUGAAAAGAUUAGAGACCCAUUUGCCAGAAGUUUGGCUCAGAGGAUCCAGAGGCUGCCAGUCAAGGCUGGAUUUCCUGAACAUUUUAUAAUGAGUAGCUGCGUGCAACCUCUAAUGCAGAGUGAAGAAACCAAUCCAGUUGUUCUUCUCCAUUGCUUUGACAGUUCCUGUUUAGAAUGGCGCCGUGUAUACCCUUUGCUUGAAGAGGCCGGGUUGGAGGCUUGGGCUAUCGAUGUCCUAGGGUGGGGCUUCUCUGAUUUAGGUUCAUUCACCUCUCUUGAUUCUGUUUCUGGAUUAUCUACUUUUCAGUUUAUGUUCUGUAAAUACAAAGGCCUGCUUUGGUAAGGAUUGAUUUUUGGUUUUCCCCUAUUUUUAGUUUUCCCCUCUCUUUUCCUUUAUCUUGUGAUACUUUAGCAGAAAAGCUCCCACCAUGUAAUGCGGUAUCCAAGCGUUAUCACCUCUAUCAGCUAUGGAAGUCCCACAUCAAAAGACCAAUGAUAUUAGUUGGACCAAGCCUUGGUUCUUCUGUUGCAAUUGAUUUUACCGCAAAUUAUCCAGAAGCUGUUGAGAAGUUGGUUUUGAUCAAUCCAAGUGUGUAUGCCGAAGGCACAGGAAACCUUGCAAAGUUACCAAAAGUAAUAGCCUAUGCCGGGGUUUCUUUGCUGAAAGCCUUCCCGUUGCGCUUUUAUGCUAAUAUUUUAGCCUUCAAUAACAUUUCCUUAUCAAGGGGAUUAGAUUGGACUAAUGUUGGCCGCUUGCACUGCCACAUGCCUUGGUGGGAAGAUGCAACUGUAAAUUUUAUGGUUAGUGGAGGCUACAAUGUAAUUUCUCAAAUAAAUCAGGUAAAGCAGAAAACACUAAUAAUCUGUGGCGAGGAUGAUAAGAUUGUCAGCAAGAAACUGACAUUGAGGUUGUAUUGCGAGCUGCUGAAUGCGACUCUACGGGUAGUUCCUGAUUCUGGUCACCUUCCCCAUGUUGAGAAGCCUAAAUGUGUUGCCAAGUUGAUUGCAGAUUUUGCACGAGGCCAUGUAAUUUGAAAGGCUCGUUAAGGUAACUUUACCGAAUGGAGACUGAUACUUCUAAAAGGCUUCCCCAGGCUACUGAUAUUGUUUCUCUACUUUUCAGUAACUUAGAAAUGUAGAUAUUUCGUUAGAAGGAAAAAAAUAAAACUUUGGAUUUAUAACUUUUGUUAUCCCAUUAUUGGAUGCAUCUAGGGUAAUAUUAUGUCAAACUCAUAUGUCUAUACUGUGUCAUAUGAUGGGCAAAAUAUGUAUAUCUUGAAAACGAUUAUGGGGCAAUCUAUAGGUACAUCUCACUAUUUAUUAUAUAUAGGGCAAAAGAAAAAGAAAAAUGGAAAAAUAUAUUAUGAAUCAAUCGCGAAGCCAAACUUUUGUUCAUUUCUCUCCCGCUUGCGACAAUCAGAAAAAAGAGAAGAAAAAGAUGGAUUUUGACAUGGAAAGAGAAGAAGAAUCAUCAAGGAGGAUUCAAGUGAGAUUCGUGACGAAGCUGAAAGCUCCGUUUAAAGUUCCCACAACCGCCAUUGCCAUCCCCGUUAAUCUCACUCGUCUCGGCCUCUCCUCCAUCGUCAACAGCCUCCUCCAGGCCGGGGACCCUGAUUGGAAAAAGGAGCCAUUG